CAUCACCACCAUCACCUCCCCCCUGGCCUCGCCUGCAAACGGUCUCUCUCCGCUGGAGAUGAUGGCAGCCAGCUCUUGUCCGGCACACCUCUCUCCUGCUCCGCGCAUCACGACCACCCACAUGGUCAACGGGCCUGUCUUCCACCACGGUAUGCAGCACACUACUCAGCAUAGCACUAUCCAGCACAGUGUUAACUUCGGCCUGCCUCCUCCGCCGCCGCCUCCACCGAUAGGAAACGUAAAAGCUAAUCAGGGACAUACGCGGCGUCGAGAGAAGGCCAUCCUGAUCGACCGCGUGUCCCGCAUCCUGUUCCCGAUGUCCUUCACUGUCCUAAACGUCAUCUACUGGAGUGUCUUCGUCGUCAAGUGGUUCUGAGGGCGUGCGGGCCACGACACUGAACUGCCAUGAAGAGACGGGCUCGCGCUUGAGGCGACGCAAGCAACAGCUCGUUUGAUGGCUGUCAUGUAGUGGCUGGACUAGCUGUCCUCGCAACGAUCUCUUAGAAAUCACGGAUGCGAUACGAAACUGAGUACGAAUGAAGGAAAUAUGAAUAAAAUAAUAAAAGAGCA